AUGGAUGAAACCUCGGAUGUUAGCCAAAUAGAGCAAGUGGCAUUCAGCCUGAGAUACGUUUUGGAGGGUAAAACGAAAGAAGCAUUCAAUGGAUUCUUUUCAACAGCAUCAACUGAGGGUGAAGUGUUAUAUAAACUCGUAAAAAGGGUUAUUGGUGGACUUGGACUGAAAUUGGAAGACACUGUCGGUGAAUGUUUCAAUGGUGUGUCUAAUAUGAAUAACAUUCGUAAAGGAGUAGUGACUCUAAUGAAAGAGUGCUCAUCACGAGGAAUAUAUGCGCAUUGUUAUGGCCAUCUCUUCAAACUCGUGUUUCAGGAUACUAAGAGUGAGUGCCUGGGAAUGAGGGACAUAAUCACUCUCAUGAAAGUAGUGUUCAUUGAAAAACGAUUUGAAGUGGUCACUUCAAACCAACUUUUGGAGAGGAAGAAGCUUACUGUGACAGCUGUAAUUACAAUUCUACUGGUGGAUGGUGCAACUUUCCACUGUGAGUGGGUGACUUGUACAGCAGAAGAAGCACAAGAAAAUAUUGAGAAAGGAAGCUCGGACCAAAUCUUAGAUAAAAUGUCCAAUAGUGAAAUAGAUACAGCAGAGAGCCAGGAUUCCUUGGAAGAAAAGGCCUAUCCAUCCCGAAACCAAUAUCAGCCUCCCCCACCUCCACCUCCUCACUCAGGAUUUGGUCCAUUACUAACUCACCAUGAGAGUCCAUCCAUCCCUGUCCCUUUACCACUACCCAGUCUUCAAGGCUCUCUUAUUUUUCCUGCUCUACCCCAGAAAGCGAAAAAAGGAAGACCAGGAGGGUAUGCUGCAGAACAUCUUUCUCCCAAGGAUGAGUUAGGUAGCUAUGGGUCUCCUCAGUCAGUUUACACUUCUAGACUAGGCUCCAAGAAUAACAAUUUUCCAGGUUUCCCGAACCUCCCCGGAUCUGACACUUGGCCGUUACCUCAGCCCGAGAUGCCUGUGAUUGUUCACUUGGAUGUUAAAUGCGAGAAAAACUUGAUGAAAGUCUCAGUUGAAUUUGAUAAAGCUUUUCACGGUAUUAUUUUUAGUAAAGGUCACUAUAACUACGGUAACUGUGUCCAUUUACCCGCAGGAUCAGGUCGAAAGAGUGUCUACUUCGACAUUUCUAUUAACAGUUGUGGCACUACAGGAAACACACAGAAUGGUCUUUAUGGCUAUGGUGGAAACAGUGGUAGUGGCACGUUUUUCGAGAACACUAUCAUAGUCCAGUAUGAUCCCCAGGUGCAAGAGGUGUGGGAUCAAGCUCGAAAACUACGCUGCACUUGGCAUGAUCAGUACGAAAAGGCUGUUACUUUCCGACCUUUCCCUGUGGACAUGUUAGAUGUAGUGCGAGCUGACUUUGCUGGAGACAACGUAGGGUGUUGGAUGCAGAUUCAGGUAGGCAAGGGACCUUGGGCUAGCGAAGCAGCUGGAAUCGUCAAGAUUGGUCAGACCAUGACCAUGGUGUUAGCUAUAAAGGAUGAUGAGAAUAGAUUCGAUAUGCUGGUUAGAAACUGUAUUGCCCACGAUGGAAAGCGAGCGCCUAUUGAGCUUGUUGAUGGUAGAGGCUGUAUCGUUAGAUCUAAGCUAAUGAGCAGGUUCACCAAAAUUAAGAAUUUUGGUUCCAGUGCAUCCGUGCUAUCCUACGCGCAUUUCCAGGCCUUUAAAUUUCCAGACUCUAUGGAGGUACACUUCCAGUGUACUAUACAGAUCUGUAGAUAUCAGUGUCCUGAGCAAUGUGCUUAUCCAGUUGAUCACACUAUUAGUCGAGAAGGUAUCCAAGGGCCUCAUCCUGGUUACGUUCCUGCCGGCAGACCUCGAGAGGAACGUGACGUCAGCUUUAGUGACAACAGUAAAGGAACCUCUGGUACCUCUUUGGAAGAAAUGACCGAGAUUGGAUUGAACAGAGUUAUUCGAGUAGUUUCGGUUGGAGACUUAGCUUUCUCACUCAAAACCAAUGAUUCAACACCCGUUCAUGAUAUCCAUGAUAUAAAAGACAGUGGUGUCAUCUGUAUGUCAACACCGGGCUUUGCUGCUUCAUUAGUAGUAUUAUUGGCUAUCCUGGUAGUGUCCUCCCUUUUGUCAGCAUUUCUUUGCCUUAAACAACGAUCAGCGGAUGGUACUGUAUCUUCAUUAUCUUAUGAUUUGCCAGUUUUAAAGAAAAACAAAUAUUGA